AUGAGUCGAGCCAUGGACGACAAUGACCCAGCAUGGACAAGGGCACUCUGAAUGCGGCCUUCAGCUGCCUGGAAGGCAUCUAUACAAACCAGAAUGUUGGCAAGCACGUCAGCGCCCUGCUGCAGGCCAGUCGCAACUCGGCCUCCCACUUCCUGCCGCCAUACCCCCUGUUUCCCCCCCUGGCACCACCUGGGGCCAUGCCUGCACCAGAGGACUGUGCCAAGAAGGCCCAUCAGCCGCAGCAGCAGCAGCAGCAGCAGCAGCAGCAGCAUCAGCAUCAUCAUGCACGGGUCCCUACCUCUGGUGCUUCAGCCAAGUCAGAACGGAAAUCAAAGCGUGAUCUUGGAACCUCGUCCAAUGAUGGCUGGGUACAAGGCCAGGAAAAGUUCAGCUGGGAUGGCUCCCCAGUUGCAGCAUACAACCCUGCGACGAAAAUGUUUCGUUGCGUCGCUUGCAACACCCUGGGUUUUCUGUCAAGGAUUGCCGAACACUACCUGGGGACUCACGUGAAUGCCAAGCAGGUGUUCCAGUGCCCAGAAUGCCCAUACAGCAGCGCCUGGUCGCGCUGCGUGCGUUUGCACCUGGGCAAGGUGCACGGCAUCCAGAAUGCGCCAGCUUCGCUCUGGCGCGACCAGCCUCUGCUCGACGAGAUCUUGGGAAUCCUGCAGAACCUCAAGAACCUUGCAGAGGCGUCCAAUGGCAGUGGCCUGGUGGCAGCACCGGCCACGCCGGGGUCUGUCGCCGAGAAGCGCUAUGUGUGUCCGCGUUGCCCGUACGCGACGGACCGCAGGGACUUGUACCACCGACACGAAAACAUCCACAAGGACGACAAGCCUUUCCACUGCUACGUCUGCUUCAAGCUGUUCAAUCGGGCCGACCACGUCAAGAAGCACUUUCUGCGCAUCCACAAGAACCAUCCGUACGACAUUGGCCUGAUUCGGCGCCACCCGCCUAGGACUGGCUCCUCGCACGCGUCGCCUGUCGCGUCGUCGCAUGGGCCUUCCACUGGCCAGAACGGCCAAUGGGCGCUGGCACACUCCAACGUCGGGGUGCCUCGACUGCCUACAGGGAGCUGCGGGGCAGCCGACUGCUCCGGCGUCCUCCCAGGAACCAAUGGCUGUUCUGCAGGAGGCGCACAGAGCUGGGGCUUCCACAACUCGCCAUCGACGUUGUGCGGCGGCAGUGGCGGCGGUCACGGCCACGUGGCCAAGGUGCCGGGCUGUCUGGGUGCGGCCCAAGAGGGGGCAGCCAAGGGCAAGCGUGGAGCGGCCAAGGCGGCGACCAGUGGCGGAAGCGCCGCCUCGGCAGCAGCCAAGACGUUUGCCUGCGCCUACUGCCCCUGGCGCGGUGUGGACGGCUGGUGCCUACGGCGGCACCUCAACACGCACAUCAAGCCCUUUUCAUGCCCUUUCUGCGAGUACAAGGCAGCCCGGUCAGAGCGCCUCAACACGCACGUGCUCAAGGUUCACGGGAAGCACCUGUGCAACAAGUGCCACUUUGCGGGGGAGGACUCGAUUGCACUCGAGCGGCACAUCAAGGAGAACCACCUGAGCUCGAGCUUGAACGACAAGUCGCGCAUGGGCUGCUCCCUGUACCCACCGUUCCCUGUGCGAGCACCGCAUCCACCCGCUCCUCAGCCAGUGGACAAGUGCAAGGUCGAGCCUUGUGGAUGUUCUACUAACAAUGGGACUAGUGCCUGCAGUUCCAAUCCCAAAACCCAACUGGGACUGCAGCAACUGAGCAGCGAAGGCUAGCAGACUGCGUGUCCAACGGGACUUGUGCUGGCGGCAUCGGUGGUGGCAGUGGCAAAUGGCACAAGGCCCGUGAGGACAGCAGCAGCAGGCGUGGUGCUGGCCUGCCCUGUGCCCCGUCUCUGGACCUCCAGCUGGACCAGAGCUGCUCACCUCUGACCAUUCCUUCUCCCACGUCGUUCCCCUACCGCUGCGUGGUCUGUGGCUUCUGUUCUUUCACCCAGGACACGAUGAUUGGGCACAUGCGGCUGCACUCUGGCGAGACGUUGCGGUGUCGGGCCACGGACACGUGCUGCCGCUAUAGCACCCCGUUUGAGGAGGUGCUGUGCAAGCAUGUGGGGACCGAGCAUGGCGAUGACCAUGCAGUGGCCCGUUGCCCGCACUGCGGGCUCCCUUGCGGUAGUGCUCAGGUGCUGGCACGGCACGCCGCGGAGGGCCACCACGGCGCCAUCCCUAGAGGCCGCUGUGCCGACUGUGCCGCCACUCUCCUGCGCCAUUUUGGAUUUGUCGUUGAGGAGGGCGAAGAUGCGCCGGGCAGGGUUGGCACGACUCCCGAGCUGCGGGCGCGGCGCCUGAAGCAGUCCAGGAAGCAGCCCAUGCCCCGGAAAGUAGUUGUCUGCUGCUCGGAACGCUGUAACCAGCUACAGCCGACCUCGGUCUGUUCGCAGCACCGAAAGAAACGCAUCCCCAAGACGGGCCUGUUGCGGCCUCCGAGGCUCACAUGCUGGCGCUGUAAAUCGGAGGGGGGCUCUAGGCCCAGGAAGGCAUUCAGGUGUCACAGCAGUUAUCUUGUUCACAUGUAUUGGUGCCACUCGCGGGAGCGUCACCGCUGCUCACGCUGUGGCUUAGGCUUCAAGCACGGCUAUCAGAGUUACCUGCAUGCGAGGAAACAGCACAGCUAACCGAGGCUGCUUCCUCGCCUUAUUUUUGUUUUUCAUGUUUUGCUUUGCGCUACCGGUGAACUCGAAAGCCUCAAGUCGAGGCGCAUAUAGAAACAGCAGUUUCCAUUCCCCUGAAGAGUUCUUUCAGGUGGAUAUUUUUCACUCGUGUUUUGUUGUCAUUGAGCAAGGAAGUCGGAAUGCCGUUUUGAAUGGUUGCAGUUUAUCAGGAAGGGUUGACAGCAUAUUUGUUUUGGGACAUUCUGCUUUCGCUGAUUUUAUAAUUGAAACACCCUGGAUCUUCAGCUCAAACUACUCAAUUGGUGCAAUUUGUCAUCCCAUGUUGUAUAGCACAUUUCUAUAAUGUACAGUGCUAAUCACACUUAACCAGAGUGCAUGCUGCACCUUUUCCUGCAGGUUUUGUCUUUUAUGUGUGCAUGUUUUAACCGCACUAGUGCCAGCCGAUGCCUUUGUAAGACCCUCCUACAUCCAUCUAACACCCUUGAGGUCCAUAAAUGUGUCUCAUAUAACAUGCAUCAGUUUUGUUGGCCUAGAAAAGUACAGUUAAGUGUGGUUAGCACAGUAUGUAUUGUUACAGACUGUGGUUACUUGUAAGGAUAUUGGUUAAAUUGGGUGUGGUCGUGAAGUAAUUUAUCUUCUUGAGCAGUUUGUCUCUAGCAGGCAGGAUGAAGCUUGUUCAAGCAUGCAUUCAAAAGUAGGGCUUGAUAAUUUCCUGCUUUGGUGGUUAUGGCUUCUGUACAGUUUGAGAAGUUCUUUCAGCACCAACGAAAUGUUGACCUUCACAUACAUUUUGUACAUUUAUGUUGCCUCUAUUUUCCCAGUAUAAGGCAAUUUGUUGCUUUUUUAAUGGUUGUAUAAAUUUCAGGUUUGAGAACUUACAUCUUGGGUCUUUUUGUUUUUACUGUAAAAAUUAGGGUUCCGUGUUUUUUUUGGUAAAUACUGAUAAACCCCGAAAAUAAACCCCCAAACCAGUUUUAUCAAAAUUUAAUAAAAAAAGAAAACCUGAAAAACCUUAGAUUUUUUUAUGAGAAGCACUCAAGCCUCAUGGAAAGGAAAUAUAUUAUUUACAGCUUUAUUUUGUAAUAACCUGAAACAGAGCCCCCCCCCCCCCCUCCUUCCGAACUGUCCACAAUGUUGCUCCUUUUUAAGGAGCUUAUAUAAUUUCCUUCCCUUUGAAAAAAAAAGAACCCCGAGACCACACUUCCGAACUCAAAGAAAAUAACCCAAAAAACGUGUAACCCUAGUGAUAAUAUAACUGCAGCUUUAUUUGGAAAUUACUCUGAGGGCUCUUUAAGUCAGUCAUUCGAGAAGUUUACAUUUGGGGUGUCUAUGUUUUAAGAGUAUCCAACAUGGCAUCUGAAGUGCUCUGGUGGGCUGAAGUUAGUUGUACAACCUGAAGGGCCUUACUAUACUGAGUUAACAAAAAUGUAGGCACAAAAUUGGUUUACUUGCACUUCCAGAAUAGCCAUAUAUUAUUUUCGAAGCAAGAUAUUGGCCGUUAAAAUUGCACUACUGCUCUUUUAAAAAAAAUUAAAUACCACUCGCGAUGUUUGUAGAAAACGUGGGUGAAUGUGCAAUUUAUUUUUGCUGCAUAGUAUGCUGUACUUUAUUGGUUACAAAUAUGGUUAGUUGCAGAGGGUGCUACACCAUUCUGAUUUCCUUUUAUAGAUGUACUAUAUAUGUAUGCCAACACUAUCAUUCUGCCAAGUUGGUAGGGUUGGUGUACUUAACAUUCCGUUUUCCUUGUUUUUUUACCGAGGAAAUUUAGUUUUUUUUACAUUGUACUAUCACUCAAUUUUAGUAAGGGCACAUUUGAUUUUUUUCUAGAGUGGAUUGCACAACAUGAGCUUGUUGAAUAGAUGUAGUUUUGACAUUUUGCAGUGAUAUUUUAAGAGCUAGUUUUAUAUUAUAAAUAUUACUAGGAAAGAAUUUAGUUCAACUGCUGACUCCUUUUGAAUUUGCAUCUUGCAAGUUCCAAAGAUACAACUUCUUUGCAUAGGCUAACUUAAUGUUUGCAGGCACUUGCAAAAACAAAAUAAAACUUUUUGUAAGGAAUGGAUACAUAAAAAAUACCCUAAAUUAAAAAAGAAAAGGUUUAAGAUUUUUUUUUAAAAGAAAGUUCAGAAAUCAUACCAGCCUGUGAAAUGUGUUUAUGGCAAUACUUUCAUAGGCGAGCUGGUUGCAGGUACAGGGGUCAGCAGUACUCACUGAGCUUGCACAGUGCAUAAACACUUCACUGGAAUUUAGUUUCCAGCAACUUUUAAUGCCAUGUAGUUUUCACGGCAUGUUCUUUGUAAACAUGAAUAGUUUUGUACACAGCGUCUGCAGCUCGUUUGUUGUAACUCCUAUGCUUUUCUUCCCACGAUUGAGCAGUGAGGGAUUUUAUUGUUAUCCAUACCAAGGGGUGCUGGGGAGAUCCUUGCACUUUUAUGAGGCUUUGGACAGUGUCCUGCAUUCUACCUCAUGUUUGUGAUAGACUGUUUCUUUAUGUUUAAGAAUCAGUAGGUUCAGCAAUAUGUUUUAGCCUGCACGAGAUUGUGGUUUUCAAUGACUAGUUGGCGUUCUAUUAUUUUUACUCUUCAUAUCCUGGUUUUGCUCUUAAUAGCUUCACUGGUUAUUUAUGCCACACACAACUAAUUUGAUUUUGUAAUCAACAUAAUUUCAAGUGUUUUCAGCUGUUGGUGGAGACAUUAGGGAGGUUAUGGUUUCUGUGCAAACUACGUAAGGUAUUGUUAAUUUAGCAAAGCUGGGAACAGUCUAGCUGGUAUUACUUUCAGACUCCUGCAGAUGUCCAGUGCCUAGGUACGAUGACUAACCUAUUGGGCCCAAAAUAUUUUGCAUUUUCAGUUUGCAUACUGAAUUCAGUACCUGCUGGUGGUUUGGUUUUAGGCGAAGUACAUUAGUCAUUUUAGGUGGUGAAGGUCAAAUCAAUGAUGCACCAUUCUAGCUAACCCAGUUUUCUUGGUGUUCUUGUUUUAAAACCGUUUGAUUUAGUUUAAAGGAUUUUGGUAUGCAAGUCUUAGUGUGCCAAAUCUUUUAGCACUGAUUGAACACUGGAAUUGGGCAGAGAUUUAUUUAAGUUGUUUUUAUUGUUAUAUGUUUCAUACUGUUCUAAAUGAGAUGUUCUACUACAUUGUAGUCAGAUUAUAUAAUAGAUUAUGUGAGCUUUUGGGUUAUUCUACAGGAGUAAGCAGAAAAGGGACAUGAGGAUGUUUCCUUGUGCAUUUUCAUGGGAGCAAUGCAAGGUGGUGCAGGUUCAUGUGCUUUGAAGUCACUUGCCUUUUGAGCUCAGGCAUCCUGUGCAUUUUCAAGCUUGCACCACAUGUCUUGCAACCUUUGUUUUGUUUAGCACUGCAAUCUUUGGUUAUUUCUUGGGUUGCAGUUGGAUUGCAUCAGUAAGAGCUAAACAGAAGACAUUGAACAUUGUGAUAUCUGCUGUGACACUUGAACCCUGUUGAGCAUGUGUUUCCAUCUUUUUAAAUGAGCAGGAGCAGAACCUUUCCUGGUGAUAUCUUGGCGAUUGUUUCAUUAUUGUGCAUGCUACAAUCAUACCUGUAUAUCCAAUUUUUUUGGUAGUAUGCAUAGCGUGUGCUCCCCCAGGCUUUACGAAAGGAAACAGACCAGUCAGCUUCGACACAGACAGUGGCUGGAUAUGGGUGUGUAGAUGUCUUUGACAAAUUGGUGCAUUCUGGCUGCUGCAAGUGUUCUGGAUCAAAGCCAGGUCUGUAGUGUUUCCUUUCAUAUUGUUCGGGGAGUCCCUCUUAAGGGGCAUGCAAACUGGUGGCGUGAUUCGUGAACGGCUUCCCGCUCUGUUAAAAAAGCUGGACUCCCUUUCUAUUUUUCUGUUUGAACACGACAGCGAGCCUUGGCAAGCUGUGAUGGUCAGAGAGGGGGAAGCGAUGUGACUGGCCCACCCCUACCAAUGGAAAUAAAUGUCUCUGCCAUGUGCGCGGUGCGUUUCACUGCACUGAGCGCCAGUUUUCAUACCCCUUUAUUUGUAGUGAGGUCAUUUUUUUUUUUUUUUUUUUACAGAUCUGAGACAUCGUUUUUUUUUUCUCACUUAAAUUGCACAUUUUGCAAGUUGUCAGAUUAUUUCCAGUUGCAUGUUACCAUUUAAAUACUGAAUGUAAGUAAAAAAAGCAUGCAUUCAUUAUUUGGAAGGUUGGAAGUUGUGCAAAAUUGUCAUCUGCUAUAGGAAAAAACAGUACUACUUUAGCAUCCAAAUGUCUACUAUUUGUUUGUAUUGUAGGGUACAUGAAAAAAACAUUUAUGAAAAGUAUGUAAUUGGAACUGUAUAUUCAAAAAUACACCACUUUUUUGCAUUGUC